UUUUAAGAUCUUCAUUACAUCGCACUGCAAAAUGCUUUGUUGUACACAUUUAAAAUGCACUAUAAGAAUUUGUAGGCAUCAUGAAGUCUGCAUACAUAAUCAUUUGGAUCCCUCCAGGUCAGAGAAGCAUCAUGGCCUGUGCCGAUGUUGACAUGGAUAUCCAAAGAACUGAUGAGGAGCCGCACAGAGCCGACAGUGGAGAGCCGACCAUGGUGCGGCGAUAUCAAGCGACAGAGGUCUUGCCAGAUGACAAAGGGCCCUUGCAUGACCUCCUACAGAAGCAACCUUCUGUGUUGGGGUCUCUGCAGAUGGUGAGCGGUUUCCUCAGUGUCGGAGUGGGUAUUUUAUGUGCUGUUACCCAGCAGAUGGACCAGUCCCUUUUCACUCUGUUCAGAGUUUCCCACUUCACCGGAGUGCUUUUCAUCAUUGCUGGAGUAGUUUCCAACCUGCUGUUCAAAUACCCACGAUUACUACCUCUGUCGUUUGCAGUAAACUGUGGCUGUAUCAUUGUGACCGUAGCUGCAGCCUGUCUGAUAGGCGUUGACCUGGCUUACGGGAAUCCAGUGGAUGAACCGUAUUGGAGGAUAGAGGUGCUGGCACUUUGUGUGAUGGGGCUUGAGGUUUUCCUCUCUGCAAUUCUCUGCUUCUGGUUCUCUAAAGAGAAACGUGACAAAGCACCAUGAUCAAGCUGUUGGUAUUAUGUUUGUUUAUAGAGGACCAAUAGAGCUAUAAAUUAGUGAUUAAGUAGAGUCACCAUAUUAGCACUAUAUUAUUCACUAUAUUGUUCAUCACGUGUUGCUUUUAGUUAGUCUUGAUUGUAAAUUGGAGCUGAAACCGCUGCUGAACAGGCCGGGCUGUGGUCUGUGUCUGAUGUUUGACUGGGACUGAGAACACAAGGCUUGUGGUGAGCAAAUGUCAGCUUCUCACGUGAAAGAAAAAACCCGCACUUCUUCCUCCUCAACCUCUGUUCCUCUUUGUUUAACGGUAGUAGUGGGUCUCAUAGUUCAGCUCAUUCUGGCUUUUCUGCAAGGUUCUCUGUGUGUGUGUGUGUGGUUUUAUACUCAUGCUUCGUUAUCAGAGGAAAUAUCUGCUACUUGUUUUUUCUAACACAGAAACUUUUACUGAACUGUAAAAAUGUUUUUGUUUUAUUUGUUUUCCUUUUGUUUGCAAAUAAUGGAGUCAAUAUCUACUGGUGGAAAUACUUAAUUUUAUGUUAAACCUAACAGACAUGAAUACAACAUUUAUGGUUGACAUAUUUUAAUCAUCUGUACAAACUUGUAAUAACACGACUGGCGACAAAAGAAACGCGACAGUAAACAACAUCAGUGUUGACCUGCCUGCUACUUUCUUGUUUUGUAAAAUACAUAAUAAAAAACUCAUCUACAAUAUAAA